AUGGUGGCUGGGAACCCGCGCAAGGCAAGCAAUGAUAAUAACUCUAGUGGCCGAAAUCGCCUUGCGGUCCCUGUCCAAAUGAAGCAUCAACAGCUGUCGCCGACUGUCCAGGAUGGGGAGACGCGGUCUCCGGGGGAUUCGCCGGUGGAGAGUGACAUGCAUCAGUCGCCAUUGAGGCGUAAGCAAAGCCCUAGGGGAUUUGUUAUGAACAGGUCCCCCAAGAUCAAGCUCGCGCGGAGGUGGGCAGCAGAAACGGCGAACGCCAAAAAAAGCACCUGCUAG